AUGACGAAUUGUGCGUCGUGUGUAUCAAGACGUCGUAGCGAUAAUGCAUGCGAUCAAAUUGAUACUCAAAUGACACCGACAACUGUUUCACCUCAAAAUAAUAUCGUUCGACAAACGACGAAUACCAAUAUUACCGUUGUUAAUUGUAAUCAUACGUCAUCUAAUGUUAUUAAAUCAUCUCAGGAACUAAUUACCAAACAACCUUCAGUGACAACAGCUAAUUCGACGAAUGUAUCUUCAAAAGGAUCUAUGAAUUUUGUUACUAGAAUUAGUAAAAUUAUUUUGAGAAAACGAACACCUAAAAACAAUACCAAUGGGUAA